GUAAACAUGGCGGCUGUCGGACCUCUAGCAAGAGUCGCCAGACUGGGCUCCAGCAUCUGCAGGAACCAGCGUGUAUUAUUGAACAGAAGCUCACAGAGAAGAGGGAUAGCUUCAUGUGUCGACCCUGCUCAUGGACUCACAGAUGAACAGAAGGAGUUCCAGAAAGUGGCCUUUGACUUUGCAGCCAAUGAAAUGGCUCCACACAUGGCAGAAUGGGACCAGAAGGAAAUCUUUCCAGUCGAGACAAUGCGGAAAGCAGCCCAGCUGGGGUUUGGAGGGAUCUAUGUUCAGCCCGAUUUUGGAGGAUCAGGUCUUUCUAGGCUGGACACAUCGGUCAUCUUUGAGGCUCUGUCCACAGGAUGUGUCAGCACCACAGCCUACAUCAGUAUCCACAACAUGUGUGGCUGGAUGAUCGACACUUUCGGCAAUAAUGAGCAGAGGGAGAAGUUCUGUCCUGAUUUGUGUUCGAUGGAAAAGUUUGCAUCCUAUUGUCUCACAGAACCAGGCAGCGGCAGUGAUGCUGCUUCACUUCUGACCUCUGCACAGCGGAAAGGUGACCACUACAUCUUGAAUGGCUCUAAGGCCUUCAUCAGUGGAGGAGGAGACACAGACGUCUAUGUUGUGAUGUGCAGAACAGGAGGUAAAGGGCCUAAAGGCAUCUCGUGUUUGGUGGUGGAGAAGGGAACUCCAGGCCUCAGUUUCGGCAAAAAAGAGAAGAAGGUGGGCUGGAACUCUCAGCCGACCAGGGCGGUGAUAUUUGAGGAUUGUGAGGUUCCAGUGAGUAACCGGCUCGGUGAGGAAGGACAAGGCUUCGGCAUCGCCAUGAAAGGCCUGAAUGGAGGCAGGAUUAAUAUUGCUUCCUGUUCUCUUGGGGCAGCACAUGCCUGUGUACAGCUAGCGAGGGAUCACCUGUUGGUACGGAAACAAUUUGGAGAGACACUUUCCAACAACCAAUUUCUCCAGUUCAAACUGGCAGAAAUGGCCACCAAGUUGGUUGCGUCUCGCCUUCUGGUGCGUGAAGCUGCGACGGCGUUGCAGGAGAACCGCUCUGAUGCUGUUUCUCUCUGCUCCAUGGCCAAGCUCUUUGCAACAGAUGAGUGUUUUAAUAUCUGCAACCAGGCUCUUCAGAUGCACGGUGGGUACGGUUACCUCAAAGACUACGCAGUGCAGCAGUUUGUCCGUGACAUCAGAGUACAUCAGAUCUUAGAGGGAACAAACGAGGUGAUGAGGAUGAUCAUUUCCCGAAAUCUACUGACAGAGUCGUGAUAAAACUCCUCCUCUGGACCUUUAAGUGACUUCAGUAGUGAUCAUAUUAUUAUGGUCUUCAUCUCUGGUUUGUUACUGUGUGACUGGCUUCCUGGAUUUCCCUCUGCAUUGUAGUUUUUUCAAAGGUGGCUAAAAUCAUUGGAGAAUUUGGGGUAAACCAAACAGAGGAUUUUCUGGUAUAAUAUUUGGUUUUUUGUUUCAUUUUCAGCUACACUGGUGGCAGGGCAGUAAGGAUGACAAUGUUGAUUCAUGAGUCUGACAUCUAACUCUGAUCCAGAGUGAAAUAUCUCAGUAACAACUGCCAAUAAAAUAUCAAUAGAUUCAUGGUUCAUAGAGGAUCAAUCCAAUUGACUUUUCAUGGGUCAAAAUUUCCACAUGUCCAACACUUUUUUUUUUUCAAAGUAACGGAUUAAUUUCCAGCUGUACUUUAAGAUCAAACCUAUGAUAUCAUGUAAAAAUGCAGAACAUUAGCAUUUUACGCUAGCAUGCUAACAUUACCAUACAGGUCAAGGCACAGCUAAAUGUGAGUACAGUAGACAAAGCACAUUUUAUUUAUGUACAGAAUGCAACUGAUGAACAUUGACAAUGUCUGACAAUGUGAAGCUGAGCCUGAGAUUACAUAUUAUGGCCACUGUACAUGGGGGAAAAAAAACUUUUGAUUUUAGUUACACAUAGCAUUUAUUGAACACCAACAUCCAGCAGUGGUGAAAAUCAUAACGUUUUCCUUUGUUUCCGGUUAUGCUGCUAGUGUGAAUAUAGAGGUUUAAUCUAGUUACUGUAUAAAAAGCUGCUCUUUAUAACAGUUUUGCCGAGUUUGUGAAAAGAAGUUUGAAUUCUUUUUCCAGUUGUGUAAAAUGAUUAAAAACUAACUUAAGUGCCAUUACAAUUAUAUGGUUGUUUGAAAUCACAUCUACUGUAUAUCACAUGCAGUCUCAGUAUCUCUCUCCCAAAAGUGGCUUUUUACAUCCUAUUUAUGUUCUUGGUUACUGUGUUGUUACUGUAUUUUACCCCAUUGUGUAUUCUGUAGUAUGUAAACUGGCUGCAGAAAAACAUCCUGUGUGUACUACCACAGAUAGCAUUAUAUGGGUUGUGAAUUCACAUGUCACUUUGCAAUUUGCAGGUCACACUCCAAAUAAAAUGAUCUCAACUUUCA